AUGAGCUCCUGCACACCGCCCAGGCACCGUCCGGCAGAAAAACAGCAUCCCACCACCAGACUCCCCCACCUCGGGCUUCGAGUCAUCAAAAUCGUGACCAGCUUCAUUUUCCUACCAUUUCGAUUCCCCUCUCUCCGGAAUCGUCCCGUCCUCCUCCCCGUCACGACAUUCCCCCGCAUCGCGACCGCCAAGCUGUUUGCCCUCCGCUCCCUCGCCACUCCCCUCCGGAGCCGCCCCAGCACCGCCACCACCCACAUCCGCCGCCGCCAUCUGCAGUCCGCCAUGGCCGCCCUCAGCGCGCAGACCUUUUCCCCCGCCGAGGAGUCGGAGAUCCAGAAAUGGGUCGCCGCCUCGGAGAGCAUCCGGUCCGGGGCCGACGGCAACAACGCCGGGCACCUCGACGCCCUCGAGACGCACCUCGCCACGCGCACCACGGUCCUCGGCAGCAAGCCGUCCCGCGCCGACGUCUCCCUCUACCAGACGCUCGCGCCCGUCGUCGCCGCCUGGUCCCCCGACGAGCGCUCCGGCGUCCACGGCCGCCCCAACAUUGUCCGCCACCUCGACUUUGUGCAGAACGCGGCGUCCGUGUUUGAGCUCGCGGUCAAGGACAAGGUCCCCAUCGACCAGGACGACGUCCGCUACGUCAAGCCCGUCGUCGACGCCAAGGCCGAGAAGGAGCGCCUCAAGAAGGAAAAGGCCGCCGCUGCUGCUGCCGCUGCCGGUGGUAGUGGUGCCGCCGCCGUUGCCGCCACCGCCACCGACCUCGUCGACCGCACAAAGGAAAAGGUCAAGGAGCUCGCCGCCGACGCCCAGGAGGCCGUAGCCCCCAAGCAGCAGAAGAAGGAGAAGAAGGAAAAGGCGCCCAAGCAGGCUAAGCCGGCGCCCGCCGCCGCCGCCCCGCCGAGCCCGUGCCUGAUUGACCUGCGCGUUGGCCACAUCCUCAAGGCGGUCAACCACCCCGACGCCGACUCGCUCUACGUCUCGACCAUUGCCAUGGGGGACGCGCCCAACGACGACACGGCCGAGUACGAGGGCCAGGUGUGCCGCACCGUCUGCUCCGGCCUCAACGGGCUCAUCCCGCUCGCCGAGAUGCAGGGCCGCAAGGUCGUCGUCGUCUGCAACCUCAAGCCCGUCAAGAUGCGCGGCGUCAAGUCGUGCGCCAUGGUCCUCGCCGCCUCGCCCCGCAUCAAGGAGGGCGAGGUUGACGACCACAAGGGCCCCGUCGAACUCGUCGCCCCGCCCGCCGACAGCAAGGCCGGCGACCGCGUCUUCUUCGAGGGCUGGAAGGGCGAGCCCGAGGGCGUCCUCAACCCCAAGAAGAAGAUUUGGGAACUCUUCCAGCCGGGCUUCACCACGACGGACACGCUCGACGUCGUCUUUGACGCCGCGGCUGUCGAGUCCCUCGGCAAGACGGACCUGGGCAGGCUUGUCACCGAGAGUGGCGGCGUCUGCACCGUCCAGACCCUCAAGGGCGCUACCGUUAGGUAA